CAAGCAUGAAGAAGUUGUUAUUUUUCGGUUGUGUCUUAGCAAGUUUGAUUGGAAAUGUAAAAACCUUAUUCGUAGACGGAUGUCCCAUCUGGGGUUGUCGACCAAGUGGAUCGUUUUCACUCUACCUCAAGGUUCCAAGAGAAAAUGCGUCCAUCAGCUGGAUCAGCGAUCUGACGUUGGACCCCGUGCCAAACCCGCUCGGCUGUGUUGCUGACAGUGUCAAUAUUGUGUGCCUAUCAAAUGGACCGUUUAAAGAAGACAAAGGCUACGUAAGCCUGUUUGUUCAGAAUGGAACGGUCCAUUGGCGUGAUCGCCUGCUGCACUUUCCGACACUUCCUCUCCUCGACAACUAUGGUGACGUCACAGGGUCCGACGGGAGAAAACUCGUUCACUACGACGCCGACGGUAAAACGUAUCCAAUCAUAAAGUGUUAUGGUUUGGUGCCAAUGUUUAGCAUGCAAUUGGUUGGAACUGACUUCCUGUUACUAGUUGGUGAACAAGGUGGCUUAGUUGUGCGUCUAACAAAUGCAAUUCCGGUAGCUGAAAUAUUUCUCAACGACACAAUUCAGAAUACAAAUGGUACCUUUUUACCUAUAUCCCAGCCUGUAGUGAGUGGUCAAAGGUUUUAUCUACUGACUGAAUUUGUACCAGAAGUAGAUUCGUACGACCCGACGAUUCUAAAUCUUCAAAGACUAUAUGCGAUUGAUAUAAACAAUCGACCAGCAGACAUAAUGACUGUUGCAUGGUCUUACAAUUUCGAGAUGGAGGAUGAUAACUUCAAAUUCGAAAGAGCAAAUAGCAAAAAUAAACAAAGCCGGACUAUGAAAAGGAAGGAGCACAUCCAGCUAAUAACCGACAACAUAAACUCGAAACAGAACGUGAUGUGGGAUUAUUCUUCCAACAGUGUGUUUGUGACACUGCCACCACCAUACAUGUCUUUGUCAAAAUCACGUAACACUUUCUGGAUCUUCCAGGACAUGAACGAUACAGUAGCGCGCACGUUUCGCUCCGACUCCCUACACGUCACCCACAUGGCAACAUUUGAACCCGAUACCUAUAUGUCUCCUGACACUUCUGGUUUGAAUGCAUAUAUUUGGGUAUCUACUGCUGAGGGAAUGUUACUAAAGCUAGAAGCAAAUGGAAUGGUUAAUCAAUCUAUUGACCUUAACAAGCUGUUAAAUACAGGCGUCGAAGUAACUACCAACAUAAUGCUAACACGUGAGGAAGAUGGGUCAGAUGAUGUGAUCGUUAUAGGUGUGCAAUGCCCUUCUGGCACUGUAGCUAAUAACUAUAUUAUUGCAGUUCUAAAUGGUGGACAGGGUACCAGUAGUUUGUUGUGGAAGUUACCCGUGCCAAAUAACAUGCAGCCCAAAGGACAGUUGAGUGCCUCGAGGGGAGCAGACUUACAAAUCAAGGACCAGAUUAUAUUCUAUGCAGAAGAAAGUGGUAAAUCUGCGAGAAUAAUCAGUAUUCAUUGAUAUGCCUUUACAUAUUAUUUACAAGUAGUUACUAUGCUUGUUAUAUUUAUUAUUUUUGGUUCUGUUUCUUAUA